AACCGCCAUAAAUACCCGUCCGCUGACUUUUAUUGUACCCGCUUUUAAGGUCCCGCUUUAGGACGUUUAGUCAAAGCUUGAUGUCCCCUGCGUGGUGAUUUAUUAACUACGAGUAAACAGUAGCUCGUUAGUUACUUUCUUUUGGGAGUUGCUGUGCAAACUUUUUCAACUACUUAAAAAAAACGUGGUGACGGGGGAGGAGGAGAAGAACAACUCAAGAGGAACACUUUGACAAACUUCUGACGCCUUCAAGCCGGUGGCGGUUUCUCGCUUGUUCCGCCAGCACCUGCUAGCAUGACGCGGAGGUCGUGUGCUAUUUACACAGUGGGGGUCAUCUGCGCCACCCUGCUCAUCGUGGGCAUCGGUCUGAUUGUGUCCCAGGCUUUCCGCACUCUGAUGCACAACCGUCUCAAAAAGGAGAUUGUUCUGGUGGAGGGCAGCCGCGUGUUUGAGGCAUGGAAGAGGCCACCUCCUCCUGUCUACAUGGAGUUCUUCUUCUUCAAUGUGACCAAUGUGGAUGAAUUCCUUACCGGGGCCAAGCCAGUGGUCAAACAGGUUGGGCCUUACACUUACAGGGAGUACAGGUACAAGGACAACGUGACCAUGGUGGACGAUGGCAAAAUGGUGUCUGCGUACAACACAAAAAGCUUUGUUUUCCUAAGAGACAAAUCUGUGGGGGACCCAUUGUUUGAUAACAUCACCACCGUCAACAUACCCGCUUGGGCGGUGAUGAACAAGGUGAAAGGGAGCUUCUUUAAGGCCUCCAUGGUGUCCAUCUGGAUGAACUCCAUCGGGAGCGGCCUUUUCACCACUCGCACUGUGGAUGAACUGUUGUGGGGCUACGAGGACCCCCUGCUGACCCGCAUUGCUCCGAGCAACCCUGAAGUUGAGACCACCUUCGGCCUGAUGUACAAGAAAAAUGGAAGCAAUGACGGGGAAUUUGUCUUCCACACCGGGGUGCAGAACUACUUGGAUUACGGCCGAGUGGAAACAUGGAAAGGUCAAAGGCAAGUCAACUUCUGGAACUCCAACCAAAGCAACAGUAUCAACGGAUCGGAUGGAAGUGCUUUCCAUCCCCUGCUGGAAAAAGAUGAACGCAUUCACAUCUUCACCCCAGACCUUUGCAGGUCUAUCUACAUGGACUUUGAGAAAGACGUGGAGGUGAAAGGAAUCCCGGCAUACCGCUUCACGCCACCUCGCUCCGUCCUGGCUAGCAAAGAGGAGAACCCAGCCAAUGAGGGUUUCUGUGUGAGCCCACAGGAGUGCCUGGGAACGGGCCUCCUGAAAGUCAGUCCAUGUCGGAAAGGUGCCCCGGUGGUGGCUUCCUUUCCUCAUUUCUAUCUGGCAGACUCCAAAUAUGUGGCAGCCAUUGAAGGAAUGUCCCCUGAUAGAACUCACCACCAAACGUACCUCGACCUUAACCCGACCACUGGCAUCAUCGUACGCGCCAACAAGAGAGCGCAGAUAAACAUCUUGAUGAAUCGAGUCCCUGGCUUUCCCAAAACCAGAGGUCUGAAUGAAACAAUCUUCCCCGUCAUGUUCCUGAAUGAGAGUGUGGUCAUGGAUGACGCGUCUGCAGCGAGGGUCCACAAGCUGUUGACGAUCGUCACGCUUGUGUCCAACUUCCCUCUUAUUUUUGUAGCGCUGGGGGGCAUCAUGCUGCUCAUCUUGAUCGUCCUACUGGUGCGAGCCCGCAAGCAGAAGAGCCAAGCUAAACGCAUUGCGUUUUCCAAGCCUAUCUAUGCUGCCAGCGCUGAUGACAACACGUCUUACUCUCCAGUGUGCGAAAAGGAAAAAGAAGAUCCUCAGAAUGGAACUUACAUCGGUUUGACACCCAAAGUGGACGCGCAAGCAUGAUGCGGCAGCUGACACGACGGACGCCUUCGUAACAUCAUUCAUGUUUUUAAGAAGUACAAAACACCACCAGCAAAUUGGUCAUGAAUUGAAGAUAUUCCCACCCAAGCCACCCAGUCAUGAAUUAUCUGUAAGAUUACAGCGCUCAGGCAAAAACAAUGUACAUUUGAAAUAUCUUUUGUAAGAUAAGAAGUCCUUCAAAUUUGUUUUCUUGUGAAUGUUGAUGUAGAAAAUAUCGGAAUUCAGACGUUGGGGUCUGGUAGCCGGUGAAUUCACCCAUAACACCCAAUAACACCCAUCCACACCAAGACCAAGGAGAUGUUUCAUGCAGUAUCACUUAUGUCAGCAUUUUUACACUGUGUAACGACUCGUGCUAAUUGUUACUGUAAUGUUACCGCUCAGUGUUAUAUUUGAAUAAGUGCCUCAUCAUCGAGUCCAAACAUUUCUAUCAGAAUAGAAAAUGAAUUAGAAGGAACCACAAAUCUUGGCUGUGCUUUAUAUUUGUUUUUAUUAGUUAUCAAGACCAGAAUAUUGUAUUUUUGUGCGCUGCACUGGAGCCAUGACUGUAAAGGCAUCAUCACAUGUAAAACUCUGCUACCUGUAAAUACUCUUUAAUGUUAUUCCUAAUACCUGACACAAUCAUCAAAUGGUUUGACGUGUAUAUUUUUCGGCUUGUUUUGGGUUCCAGCAGCUGUAUUCGGUUCCGUUGUCUUUGUGUCCCGAUGCUUUUAAUGUUGAAUAGCUGCUUGGAAUUAGAUUUCAACACUGCUGAGCCUAUUUCUGCUAUUAUUAUUAUGCUGUUUGGAGUCCAUGGUGAGCCUGCCAUUUGAUUCAUUGUUAAGAACUGUGUAGAAUGGAUUGUAUAUGAAGGCAGUUUAUCAUGAAACAAGACAUGAGAAGCAGGUGAUAAUCAGAGAGAGGCUGUAAUUGACCUCUCACGAUUCGGCGACGGCGUGAAAUUGGCUUUAAUUGGAACAUUUACAGUAAUAAAGUAGAGUGCGCUACGUGGCUGCAAGCAACAAAGGUGCGGUUGAUUCUGGUGAUUGAGUUUAAAAAGGCCAACGUGAGCUUUGUGAAGUUGCAUCCAUUAAAACCUCAGCCAGUGUUCUGAAUCUAACACUGGCAUGGAAACAGGAGCUUAGAACACUCAGAUUUUUUCAUCAAGGAAAUUAGUUAAAUUCCCAUGACUAGUAUGAGCUGUAACAUUUCAAGGACUGCAACAUCACAUUAGUUGAUGUUAUAUUAUUCAUUUGGUUUUAGUUGUUUUGUUUUUGUAUAUUCACCUUUUAGAGAGCUGUAUUAUAGUGACGAUUCAUGGAGAGUGCGUCCUGUAGUCUUAAAUAAGCGGUUGAAUCAGUCCACGCCUUAUUUUUCUGCAAAAGGGAGACAAUACAAAGUAGGAUACAUUUGACCAUCUUCAGAACCAAAAGCACAAAAACACGCAGGGCGACUGUGCCAUGCUUUGAUUGCAGACUGUACUUGAUGAAAUGAUCGUUAUUGUUAUAACUUCAUAUUAUUGUAAUUGUCAAUUUACUGUCAAAUGGGUUUUUACUGUGUACACAAAAUAAAACAGUUUAGUUUCCCGA